AUGGACCUGGACGCCCCGGCGUCGCCGGAGGCGGAGCUGUGCUCGAUCUGCCUGGACCCGGUGCCGGCGGCGCCGUCCCCCGGCGUGAGGUCCAUCGCGCUGCUCCAGUGCGGCCACAAGUUCCACCUAGACUGCAUUGGAUCAUUAUUUAAUGCAAAAGGAACAAUGCAAUGCCCAAAUUGUCGGAAUAUUGAGGAAGGCAACUGGCUGAGUGCAAAUACAAUCCCGCCAUCUACUGACUCUAAUUCUGGUUUUGGUAACGGAGUGCCCAGUGAAACACAUGAAGUUCUCAUUGACCUUGCGCAGUCAUCUAGCAUUGAUGGGUCCACACCACUGGAUUCUGUGCUUCAGUCUGUGUUUCUGUAA